CUGGUAAGCUUUAAGGCAGAGGAGACCUAAGAGCUGAGACAUGCUAUGUUGAGUGGAGCGUAUUUACGGGUGCUGAAUGAGAGGCCAGGCCAGGCAGUUUUAUGGAGUCUUGGAUGCCAGAGAGGGUCUGCAAGCUCCACUGAGGGGAAUCGCUGCGUGGAAGCGGCCGAGGCGUGCACGGCAGACGAGCAGUGCCAGCAGCUGCGCUCCGAGUACGUGGCGCAAUGCCUGGGCCGGGCGGGCUGGCGGGGACCCGGGAGCUGCGUGCGCUCCCGCUGCCGCCGUGCCCUGCGCCGCUUCUUCGCCCGCGGGCCUCCGGCGCUCACGCACGCGCUGCUCUUCUGCCGAUGCGAAGGCCCCGCGUGCGCCGAGCGCCGGCGCCAGACCUUCGCGCCCGCCUGCGCGUUCUCGGGCCUGGAGCUGGCGCCACCUUCCUGCCUGAAGCCCUUGGACCGCUGCGAGCGAAGCCGCCUGUGCCGGCCCCGUCUCUUUGCCUUCCAGGCCUCAUGCGCUCCCGCGCCCGGCUCCCGCGACCGCUGUCCGGAGGAGGGGGGCCCGCGGUGUCUGCGCGCCUACGCAGGCCUCGUAGGCACCGUGGUCACCCCCAACUACCUGGACAACGUGAGCGCGCGCGUUGCGCCCUGGUGCGGCUGUGAGGCCAGCGGAAACCGGCGCGAAGAGUGCGAAGCCUUCCGCAAGCUUUUUACAAGGAACCCCUGCUUGGAUGGUGCCAUACAAGCCUUUGACAGCUCGCAACCAUCAGUUCUGCAGGACCAGCGGAACCACCAGAGUGCUGGGUGCUGUUUCCUGCGGGUGUCCUCGAUGUCCAUACUCACUGCCCUGGCUCUCCAGGCCCUGCUCUAAUUAGGAAGGUGAACCAUGGACAACACAGCUGACUGCCAUGUCUCUGGAUUAUGCUCACUGAACUGAAACUCCCUUGCCCUCAGGUCUGCUGUCCUUUGCAGGUCUGGACCCCUGCGUGGCUGUCUCUUGGACUGGGAGCUGGAGGCUAGGGCCCGACUGUUAGGUUCCCCUGUUCGUAGGCAUCUCGCCUGUUUUCUUUACCAUCCUUGAGAUGAUGGUAGAUGAUAUUUAGCACCUGUAGACAAGGCCUCAUGGGCCCCCUGGGCUUACAGAGCAGAACAGAGACUAGCCUCCUGCUCUUAGAAUUGGAUAGUGUUCUUUUCCAAGAAGAAUGGCACUAAGGCGAUCAUAUGAACAGACUGACAGAUGAGACUGCAGUCUAAAUACCUGUGCCCCAGGGCCAGCGCUGACCUUGCUUGUCACCUAUGACAUGGUGCUGUGUAGGGAUUAAAGAGAGAGAUUCAGGUCCCUCCUGCUGGACAUCCCACUGGCCUCCCAGACUCUCCCAGCACCUGCAGUGGCACAGCAGCUCAAUAAACCCAUGUGCACUGAGA